AAUUGUUGUUAUAUUUAUAUGUAUGUAUGUAAGUAUAUUAGAUACACAAAAUGGCGCUAAAAAAGUCUUCAAAAAUAUAUACAGCAACAGUAGUAACAACAAUGCAACAGCAGCCUCCACAGGAAAUAAGUUGAACCAAAAACCAGCAGCAACAAAAUGUAACAGCAACCAUAACCAGGAAAAAAUACCACCAAGAAAUUAAGGCAAAGAAUAUCACGACAGCAAAAAUUCCAGUUGUACCUUGUGGAAAAAUGAAAUUUUUUAAUAUCUGGAAAUUUUCUAAUUGUUGGCUACUGACCUGGAAGCUAAUGGACGAAUUGGACCAAAUGUCUCCUGGAUCAGCGUUUUUCUCUUUUCGUUUAAGGGUACACUAUGGACAAAAUUUUACAAAUUUUGUCAAGGCUACUGACCUGAAGCUAAUGGACGAAUUGGACCAAAUCUCUCCUGGAUCAGCGUUUUUCUCUUUUCGUUUAAGGGUACACUAUGGACAAAAUUUUACAAAUUUUGUCAAGGCUACUGACCUGAAGCUAAUGGACGAAUUGGACCAAAUGUCUCCUGGAUCAGCGUUUUUCUCUUUUCGUUUAAGGGUACACUAUGGACAAAAUUUUACAAAUUUUGUCAAGGCUACUGACCUGAAGCUAAUGGACGAAUUGGACCAAAUCUCUCCUGGAUCAGCGUUUUUCUCUUUUCGUUUAAGGGUACACUAUGGACAAAAUUUUACAAAUUUUGUCAAGGCUACUGACCUGAAGCUAAUGGACGAAUUGGACCAAAUGUCUCCUGGAUCAGCGUUUUUCUCUUUUCGUUUAAGGGUACACUAUGGACAAAAUUUUACAAAUUUUGUCAAGGCUACUGACCUGAAGCUAAUGGACGAAUUGGACCAAAUCUCUCCUGGAUCAGCGUUUUUCUCUUUUCGUUUAAGGGUACACUAUGGACAAAAUUUUACAAAUUUUGUCAAGGCUACUGACCUGAAGCUAAUGGACGAAUUGGACCAAAUGUCUCCUGGAUCAGCGUUUUUCUCUUUUCGUUUAAGGGUACACUAUGGACAAAAUUUUACAAAUUUUGUCAAGGCUACUGACCUGAAGCUAAUGGACGAAUUGGACCAAAUCUCUCCUGGAUCAGCGUUUUUCUCUUUUCGUUUAAGGGUACACUAUGGACAAAAUUUUACAAAUUUUGUCAAGGCUACUGACCUGAAGCUAAUGGACGAAUUGGACCAAAUGUCUCCUGGAUCAGCGUUUUUCUCUUUUCGUUUAAGGGUACACUAUGGACAAAAUUUUACAAAUUUUGUCAAGGCUACUGACCUGAAGCUAAUGGACGAAUUGGACCAAAUGUCUCCUGGAUCAGCGUUUUUCUCUUUUCGUUUAAGGGUACACUAUGGACAAAAUUUUACAAAUUUUGUCAAGGCUACUGACCUGAAGCUAAUGGACGAAUUGGACCAAAUGUCUCCUGGAUCAGCGUUUUUCUCUUUUCGUUUAAGGGUACACUAUGGACAAAAUUUUACAAAUUUUGUCAAGGCUACUGACCUGAAGCUAAUGGACGAAUUGGACCAAAUGUCUCCUGGAUCAGCGUUUUUCUCUUUUCGUUUAAGGGUACACUAUGGACAAAAUUUUACAAAUUUUGUCAAGGCUACUGACCUGAAGCUAAUGGACGAAUUGGACCAAAUCUCUCCUGGAUCAGCGUUUUUCUCUUUUCGUUUAAGGGUACACUAUGGACAAAAUUUUACAAAUUUUGUCAAGGCUACUGACCUGAAGCUAAUGGACGAAUUGGACCAAAUGUCUCCUGGAUCAGCGUUUUUCUCUUUUCGUUUAAGGGUACACUAUGGACAAAAUUUUACAAAUUUUGUCAAGGCUACUGACCUGAAGCUAAUGGACGAAUUGGACCAAAUCUCUCCUGGAUCAGCGUUUUUCUCUUUUCGUUUAAGGGUACACUAUGGACAAAAUUUUACAAAUUUUGUCAAGGCUACUGACCUGAAGCUAAUGGACGAAUUGGACCAAAUCUCUCCUGGAUCAGCGUUUUUCUCUUUUCGUUUAAGGGUACACUAUGGACAAAAUUUUACAAAUUUUGUCAAGGCUACUGACCUGAAGCUAAUGGACGAAUUGGACCAAAUGUCUCCUGGAUCAGCGUUUUUCUCUUUUCGUUUAAGGGUACACUAUGGACAAAAUUUUACAAAUUUUGUCAAGGCUACUGACCUGAAGCUAAUGGACGAAUUGGACCAAAUCUCUCCUGGAUCAGCGUUUUUCUCUUUUCGUUUAAGGGUACACUAUGGACAAAAUUUUACAAAUUUUGUCAAGGCUACUGACCUGAAGCUAAUGGACGAAUUGGACCAAAUCUCUCCUGGAUCAGCGUUUUUCUCUUUUCGUUUAAGGGUACACUAUGGACAAAAUUUUACAAAUUUUGUCAAGGCUACUGACCUGAAGCUAAUGGACGAAUUGGACCAAAUGUCUCCUGGAUCAGCGUUUUUCUCUUUUCGUUUAAGGGUACACUAUGGACAAAAUUUUACAAAUUUUGUCAAGGCUACUGACCUGAAGCUAAUGGACGAAUUGGACCAAAUCUCUCCUGGAUCAGCGUUUUUCUCUUUUCGUUUAAGGGUACACUAUGGACAAAAUUUUACAAAUUUUGUCAAGGCUACUGACCUGAAGCUAAUGGACGAAUUGGACCAAAUGUCUCCUGGAUCAGCGUUUUUCUCUUUUCGUUUAAGGGUACACUAUGGACAAAAUUUUACAAAUUUUGUCAAGGCUACUGACCUGAAGCUAAUGGACGAAUUGGACCAAAUCUCUCCUGGAUCAGCGUUUUUCUCUUUUCGUUUAAGGGUACACUAUGGACAAAAUUUUACAAAUUUUGUCAAGGCUACUGACCUGAAGCUAAUGGACGAAUUGGACCAAAUGUCUCCUGGAUCAGCGUUUUUCUCUUUUCGUUUAAGGGUACACUAUGGACAAAAUUUUACAAAUUUUGUCAAGGCUACUGACCUGAAGCUAAUGGACGAAUUGGACCAAAUCUCUCCUGGAUCAGCGUUUUUCUCUUUUCGUUUAAGGGUACACUAUGGACAAAAUUUUACAAAUUUUGUCAAGGCUACUGACCUGAAGCUAAUGGACGAAUUGGACCAAAUCUCUCCUGGAUCAGCGUUUUUCUCUUUUCGUUUAAGGGUACACUAUGGACAAAAUUUUACAAAUUUUGUCAAGGCUACUGACCUGAAGCUAAUGGACGAAUUGGACCAAAUGUCUCCUGGAUCAGCGUUUUUCUCUUUUCGUUUAAGGGUACACUAUGGACAAAAUUUUACAAAUUUUGUCAAGGCUACUGACCUGAAGCUAAUGGACGAAUUGGACCAAAUCUCUCCUGGAUCAGCGUUUUUCUCUUUUCGUUUAAGGGUACACUAUGGACAAAAUUUUACAAAUUUUGUCAAGGCUACUGACCUGAAGCUAAUGGACCAAUUGGACCAAAUCAUGCACGGAGUUCACUGAAAUGGAAGCCAUAAAUAUAUUAAAAUUUAUAAUUUUCAAAUGUGUUACAAUGUUCGGUUUAAUAAACUUACAAUUAGUAA